CCUUUUUCUUUUGAAAUGAUUUUUUGUUUUUGUGUAUUGUCAAGAAAAAAUUUGUGAAUAAAAAUGCAAGCUUUUCUAAAAACUGGCAAAACUACAGGAUUUGACAAAAGUCAACAACCUAGUACAUCUAGUGGUCAUCAAAGUGGGCAAAGUGGGCGUCGUAAAACACCAACACCUUGGGUGGAAAAAUAUCGCCCUAAAACAGUUGAAGAUGUUGUGGAACAAUCCGAAGUUGUAGCGGUUUUACGUAAAUGUGUUGAAGGUUCCGACCUACCGAAUAUGCUUUUAUACGGUCCUCCCGGUACUGGAAAAACUAGCACAAUAUUGGCAGUUGCCCGUCAAAUAUUUGGAGAUAUGUUUCGUGACCGUAUUCUGGAACUUAACGCUUCCGAUGAGCGCGGUAUUAAUGUAGUGCGAACAAAAAUCAAAAAUUUCGCACAAUUAACAGCUAGUAGCACACGCCCGGAUGGUCGGUAUUGCCCGCCCUUUAAAAUUAUAAUUCUCGAUGAGGCCGAUUCAAUGACACAUGCUGCUCAGGCUGCUUUGCGGCGUACUAUGGAGAAGGAAAGUCGCAGUACUCGCUUUUGCCUAGUUUGCAAUUACGUUUCGCGCAUAAUUGAGCCGAUAACUUCGCGUUGCACUAAAUUUCGUUUUAAACCUUUGCAAGAAGAGAAAAUUGUAGAACGUUUGCAAUAUAUUUGCGGUUUAGAAGGCGUUCAGAUAGAAGAGGAAGCUUUCAAGACCAUUGUUGAGGUGUCUGGUGGAGAUAUGCGUAGAGCUAUAACCACUUUGCAGUCUUGCUAUAGGCUUAAGGGUGCCCAGCACAAGAUAUCUAAAAAUGAUCUUUUUGAGAUGUCGGGCAUGUUGCCGCAACACUAUAUAGAAGACUAUUUGGAAGUAUGCCGUUCAGGAGAUUAUAUUAAAUUAGAGGAAUUUGUCAACGAUCUACUCUAUGAGGCUUACAGCAUUGGGCAAAUGCUGGAACAAUUUAAUGAAUACGUCUUGAGAUCUCCUUCCUUAACCGAUAUGCAAAAAGCACGUAUUUGCGAUAAAGCAGGUGAAAGCUCUUAUCGUUUGCAAGAUGGUGGCUCGGAAUACUUACAAGCUAUGGAUUUAGGUUGCGCUAUGAUAUUGCUUUUGAAAGAGAAAUAAUUACAGAUAUGAAAAUAAAAUUUUUAUUGAAAUA